GCCGGUCAGCUGACCGCCCCGGCUGGCACGUGACUCGCUCGGUGGGCGCCGGGCUGGAGGCAGUAGGGAGGCCGGCGCCGGGGCCGGGCGGGGAUGGAGCGCUGAGCGGUUAACGUCUGCCCUGCCGCCGCCGGAGUGACACCGUCCUAUCCCGGAGUUUCUCUUGAUUUGGGAAGAAAUAGCUGGUAACAAACAUGACUGAGUUCUGGCUUAUAUCAGCUCCUGGAGAGAAAACCUGCCAGCAAACAUGGGAAAAAUUGCAUGCAGCUACUACAAAGAACAAUAACCUUGCUAUUUCUUCAAAGUUCAACAUUCCUGACUUAAAGGUUGGCACACUGGAUGUCUUGGUUGGCUUGUCAGAUGAACUUGCUAAACUGGAUGCGUUUGUAGAAGGGGUGGUUAAGAAGGUGGCUCAGUAUAUGGCGGAUGUCUUGGAGGAUAGUAAAGAUAAAGUGCAAGAAAAUCUGUUGGCCAAUGGAGUUGACUUGGUUACUUACAUAACAAGAUUCCAGUGGGACAUGGCUAAAUAUCCAAUAAAGCAGUCUUUGAAAAAUAUUUCUGAAAUAAUUGCCAAGGGAGUUACUCAGAUUGACAAUGAUCUGAAGUCUCGAGCAUCUGCAUAUAACAACCUGAAAGGGAAUCUUCAGAAUUUGGAGCGCAAGAAUGCAGGAAGUUUACUAACUAGAAGUCUAGCAGAAAUUGUGAAGAAGGAUGACUUUGUUCUGGACUCAGAGUAUCUCGUCACGUUACUGGUUGUAGUUCCCAAGUUAAACCACAAUGACUGGAUUAAGCAGUAUGAAACACUAGCUGAAAUGGUAGUUCCAAGGUCUAGCAAUGUUCUUUCAGAGGACCAAGACAGUUAUCUUUGUAAUGUCACCUUAUUUAGGAAAGCAGUUGAUGACUUCAGACACAAAGCCAGAGAAAACAAAUUCAUUGUUCGUGACUUUCAGUAUAAUGAAGAGGAGAUGAAAGCUGAUAAAGAAGAAAUGAACAGACUUUGUACUGACAAGAAAAAGCAGUUUGGCCCACUUGUGAGGUGGCUGAAAGUAAAUUUCAGUGAGGCGUUUAUUGCCUGGAUCCAUGUGAAAGCACUCAGGGUUUUUGUUGAGUCUGUCUUAAGGUAUGGCUUGCCAGUGAACUUCCAAGCAAUGCUCCUUCAGCCCAAUAAGAAAACAAUGAAGAAACUAAGAGAGGUUUUAUAUGAAUUGUAUAAACAUUUAGACAGCAGUGCAGCAGCCAUUAUUGAUGCUCCUAUGGAUAUUCCAGGCUUAAACCUGAGUCAACAGGAAUACUACCCCUAUGUAUACUACAAGAUUGAUUGCAACUUGCUGGAAUUCAAGUAAAAAUGAGACACCCCCGUCCCCUAAUCUUGUCCUUGUGUUGGUGUGUGCUAACAGAAAUAGGCUGCAGGACGACAGUACUUUAACUCUGUGACCCCUAGCUUGCUUCUUACCCUUUUUUCCUAGUUCCCCCAUAGUGGUCCAUUUCUCAGCAUUUUCUUUUUAAAGGAAAAUAUAUGUCCUGUUUCUUUUUAUUGAUCAGGUCUGUAAAUGUGUACUAAAAAAAAAAAAUCAGAGAUUAUUUAUAAGCAAAAUAGUUUAUUUAAAGAGAAUAGUUCUUGUCAGUUUUGUGGUAUGCAUUGAUUCCAUUUGUUAUCAUUGUGCACAAAAGCCGUGUUGACAAGGGAAUGGUGUGAGCAUUUGUACUAGUUUGUUCACUGUAUUUGGUAGACAUAACUGUUUAAUAGUUACUGAAUCAUGAUGUAAAGAUUUGUGACAAUAUUCAGGUAUGUGAUUUCUGAAUAUUUCAAAUUAACAACCUCUAGGCACUGUUAACACCCACAGGAGAGAAUAAAAUGGCCUGUGAAAAGGUGUAUUGUGGCGUGUGUCCCUUUAGAAGACUGCAGUUCUGUCAGAGUCUGUCACACACAUGGUGUCAGAGCUGACAGCUGUGCCACGGUCAGGGCUCAGCUACACACUGAGGUGUGACCCUGAGUGUCUGACUUGUGUGUGACUGCAGUGUGCCAAAUUUUAGAGCAUAAAUCUGAAGACUUUUUUUUUUUUUCAGUAUAUGAGAGGCAUUUAUAUACAGACAUUAAGACUGUUCUCUCAGGAAGCAGGAUCGAUUUUAAAUAAAGUACAGCCAAAAUGAUAUAGCUCUAGUCACUUGUUUUGUCUAAGCAUGCUUCUCUUUUAAGGGCUAUGUAUAAGCCUUCAUCUGGAGACUUAGGUCAUUUAUGACAUUAGAAAAUAGAGGCAUUGCUAGCCUUAAUAAGUCUGAAAUGAAUGGCUUAGUUUAACAUUCUACAAGAACUGUUGAAAACAAGUUUUAUGGCAGUAUUGCUGUCUCUGUCCACUCACAAGGCUUGUACAUGAGAGAAAGGUUCAUUUUACUUUUUUUAAAUGUUUUUUAUUUUACUUAUUAUUGUAUAGAGACAGAAAUUGAGAGGGGAGGGGAGAUAGAAAGGGAGACAGAGACACCUGCAGCCCUGCUUCACCACUUGUGAAGCUUCCCCCCUGCAGGUGGCGACCAGGGGCUCGAACCCAGGUCCUUGCGCACUGUAAUGUGUGUGCUUAACCAGGUGCCCCACUGCCUGGCCCCUCAUUUUACUUUUAAGGGUAUUUCCAAACUGUUCUGUUCCCUUCCUUAAGAAAAUCAGUCUCCAAAAUGCUUUUUCACACAAACAUGAUUUAUCUCACUUGAUUUUUUUUUUUUUUUGUAUAUCCAUGCCACCGCUACCUCAUUCUUUUUAACCAGACACCUGAUUUUCAGUCUCCCUCCCCUCCCUUAAUAUAAUGAGCUGACUGGAUGGAUAUCCAGGCUUUUGUUUGUUUGUUGCUUUUUUCGGGGGGGGGGUGUUGUUUUUGCUCUCAAAAAGGCUUCUGUGGUAAACAUUUUUGCAUGAAACAUCCCUGCCUGCUUGUGUUAGUAUAUUGGGGCAACCUCUAGAGGUGGAUUGGGUAGGCCUUAGCACUGGCAUAUUGAAAUUUUCAGUGCACACCACCAAAGUUAGGCCAUAAUUCUCAGUUGAAGACGCCCUUGUGAUGUGGCUUGUUUUUUUCUUCUCCUUUGGAGAAAAGGAAGCUGAAAAGUUUUUGCCCCAUAAUCUGGGAGUUCUGUCUUCUCUUGAAUUGUUCUUUUAGUUGCAGUCUCUGGUUAUGCAAAGAGACUCUGAAGCCCCUGAAGUCCCAGCUUCAAUCCUCCACACCACCAUAAGGCAGAGCUGAAAAUAUUUUUAAAAUAGUAAUAAAGACAGGAAUUACAGUCUAUAUAAAAUGGAUAUGCACAACCUAGUGUGUCUUGACAAAGUCCAAAAAAAUGUUUCAUAAGGUCUUCUUUAGGCUUUAUUACUGCUCUGGUACAAGUAGGGUAGGGAUUAUGAUGUUAAGGUAGAAACAUCCAGAUUUACUAGACUUUGACUGUGGUUUCUCUCAGGGAGGAAGUCCAGGAGAGCGACUGGGAAUGUGGCUCGGGAGCAGGGCCCAGAUGUGCUUCUGUUGAGCUCUGUGGUCUCCACUCCCCAGGCCCUUCUAGGUGGGAUAACUAGAGCAUCCACUUGACAGCACUGUGUACUGAGGACAGGAGAUCCCAGAGUCUUAGAACGGGGCCUGGUGCAAGCUUGACACAUGUACGUACAAUCCUAGAGCAGAGCCUGGAACUCCUUCCUUGUCUGUGUUUAACCUGGUAGUGUCACAUUAUGGUGGAGUGUGAAGGUUAGAAAGAAGUGUUUUUGUUGCGGGGUGGGUAGGGUGUGGGGCGUGUGUGUGUGUGUGUGUGUGUGUGUGUGUGUGUGUUUUACUCUGGAGGCUCACAGCACUGAGCAUGUCUGAGUUUUAGCCUGUGCUGGGUUAUUUGUAUUCAUGGUAGCCACCCUAACUGUGAGGGAACAGGUGAUCCCCUGCCCCCCUUGCUUUGUGUUCCAGGGAGUCUGUUCUCUAGAAUAGAGCUCAGGUAACUUAAUGACACACUAAGUAUUCACCCAGUGUCUUAUUAGAGGUCCUUGCACUGGUGUGCUCACCCCUAUCUCCUUGCCCUUCCCCUUUGACCCAAUGCUGAGUCAGAGCCAGAGUUUGAAUCUCUGAUUUGUGACUCUUGUUAUCGUACCUCCCACCCUCCUCUAGGUACUGUGUGAAUGAGCCAGACACCUUCCUUAACCUCCCAAGAUAGACAAUGAUAAAGAAAAGGCAUUAGUUGUGAAUAAUCAGAUGUUACGUCCUGUUGGUAUUUGGCAGGAACCCAGGAGUCCAGGAUAUUUCUCCAGUGCUGGGUGAUGAUGUGUCUGGGUGUUGCAUGCUCAUUUCAGUAGCCUGGCUUACGCAACCUCAAAGGCGUUCAGACCUCUGUUAGACCUGCUGGAGUUGCCACUAAGUAGACACACUGGGUGGAACAGCUUUCCUUGCAUGAGCCCGUAUCAAGUAAAUACUUUGUAUAUAACAAAUUCUCAGCAAAUGUGAACUGAUCUUUGCUCUCACUUCAAAAUUAAAUAGUUCCAACUGUUGGAAAUAAAAAUACAAGAAAUUGA